UCCUCUCAACCCUGCCAGGCUGUCCAAUCGCGUGUAGAAAUCAUCGCUCUACCCAGGCGGUGGUGUCGAUUUCCGCUAAAACUGCAGGCAGGGGCCGUACCAUGGCGGAGAAGACUCAAAAGAGUGUGAAGAUUGCUCCUGGAGCAGUUGUAUGUGUAGAAAGUGAAAUCAGAGGAGAUGUUACUAUCGGACCUAGGACAGUGAUCCACCCUAAAGCACGAAUUAUUGCGGAAGCCGGACCAAUCGUGAUUGGUGAAGGUAACCUGAUAGAAGAGCAGGCUCUUAUCAUAAACGCUCACCCAGAUAAUAUCACUCCUGACACUGAAGAGCCUGAACCCAAACCUAUGAUCAUUGGCACCAAUAAUGUGUUUGAAGUCGGCUGUUAUUCCCAAGCCAUGAAAAUGGGAGAUAAUAAUGUCAUUGAAUCAAAAGCAUAUGUAGGCAGAAAUGUAAUACUGACAAGUGGCUGCAUCAUUGGGGCUUGUUGCAACCUCAAUACUUUUGAAGUCAUCCCUGAGAACACAGUGAUAUAUGGUGCAGACUGCCUUCGCCGGGUGCAGACUGAGCGACCACAGCCCCAGACACUACAGCUGGAUUUCUUGAUGAAAAUCUUGCCAAAUUACCACCACCUAAAGAAGACUAUGAAAGGAAACUCAACUCCAGUUAAGAACUAAGAACAAUGUAUGACAUCAAGAUAACAUUUUGUCUUUGACUGUCUUUUUUAAAGGCCACCGCGCUUGUGUACGUGCUCUUAGCAGCUCACAGAGAAUACAUGUUGACUCUAUUUGGUAAAAUUGAGGUAGAGAGGAAAUAAAUGGAUGCUCAUUGUAACUGUCCUUUAUAAUUUAUAUAAAAUGUAUUAUUUUCUUAGGUGCUUCUUUUCUUGAUGGAUUUAGUUUUUCUUUUGUUAUAUAAACUGUUAGCCACAAAUUUUAGUUAUGUAAAAGACUAUCCAUGCUAAGAAAGGGCAUGUUGUUAUGUAUUUAUAUUCUAGCAUAUACUAAACUAAAUAAAAAUGCUGAUGACAGGA